UUGUUUUUGUCACUGAACUGCUGAAUGAAUCCAGUUUUUGAAUAUUUACUACACACAUCUUCAGACCUUGAGGUAUUUGUCAAGCGAGAUGGCAAACACAGUUACCAAGGAUAUUUCCUAUGAUGAACUCAAAGCCCUUGUUGGAAAGAGUCCCAGUUUGGUCCUGAUAGAUGUAAGAGGAAAAGAUGAAUAUAGGGACGGACACAUCGCUGGAUCAGUGAACAUACCAUUGGACACCGUGGAGGCAGCUUUGUCCAUGUCACCAGAAGAAUUCAAGGCCAAGUAUGGAGUGACUAAGCCCCAGACAGAUGCCACUGAGUUGGUCUUCCACUGUAAAAUGGGCAGAAGGGGAGAUGUGGCCACGAAAAAGGCCCAUGAGAUGGGAUAUAUAAAUGCACGCAAUUACCCUGGACCAUACAAGGAAUGGUCUGAAAAAGAGGGAAAGUGAUAGAAGAGUCCUCUUUGUUUAAUUAGGUUAUUACUUUUCUCUUUUUGUGUUUUACCGUUUAAGUCCAUGUUGUUUUUCUACAGAGGUUUACACUAC